GUGGGGAAGGGAAAAAAGGUGAAUACAUGUCAAAUAUUUCAAGGCUGCGGUGUGAUGAUUUCAAUUUUAAUAAACGUGAUAAAGAUUGUAUCAAAUAAACCAUUUUGACAUUCUGUUGGACGGUGCGUCCUUUCGGCAUUUUUAAUGAUAAGUUCGCACAAGAAAAGAUCGACCGCCGAAAGUUCAUAACAAAGGUUGGUCUAUCGGGAAUUAAGAUGGGUUAUUAUUGUACCGUGCCACAAUGCACCUCGCUCGCCGGCAAGACGAAGAACGUGAAGUUCCACCGUUUUCCUCGUGAUGUGAUAAUGGCAGACAAGUGGAAUUUAAUACUGAAACGCGGCAAGCCGUACACGAAAUACUCAAAAGUAUGCAGUCUGCAUUUCACCCAAGCUGACUACAACGUCACAACAAUGGGUAAGAAUAAAGGUCAAUGGAAAACCUUGUCGAAGGACGCGGUUCCGUCACAGAACCUGCCCAAGUUGAACCCCGACGGCACAGUGAUGGUCAUAAGGAAGAGUCGCACGGUGAAAUACAAGGAGAGCAAAAAGGAAGAUCACAGUAUCGGUGAUAAAGUAGAGAAAUGGUCAAAUGUAAGUCAAACGACAUUGUCGCUGACCGGGGACGGUCUGCCGCCAGAACAACAAGACAACAACCUAGUAUAUCGUCUACAAGCGUUAAAUUCGAUAGCGAACAACAUGACACAGCCGCAGAGCAUACCACAGAACCAGGCACAGAGUCAAAUGAAACCGAAGAAACAGGACGCGAUUAUGCAAACCGACCCCGUGCUCUCCGAGGAAGACGACAACCCGCAGAACUACAGCGAAUCUGAGAAGUCGAUGAACCAGGAGAUGGAUUACAGUCAGUUCAAGGAGUCGUACGACCCCGAGCUGAACAAAUACGACAUGCCCAAGGACUUCUCCAAGUUAGCCGAUGACUACAUCCCUCAGACGAACGAGGAGUACAACAAGGAGGCCGAGAAGUAUGCCCUGGAAAGGAAGUCACACAACAGCUACGAAAAAAUCGAUUACCAGAAGUCGGUACUCGAGAACGGAUACCCGAAAAUACAGGACGUAUACAGCGGCUACAUAGACAAGGAGUAUCAGAACAGACCGGACUUCGUGUACCAGAGCCCGUACCCGGACAGCGUCGAGAUACUGCGGAACCAGCAGCACAACUUGCAGAUAUUGCAGGAGCAGCACAGGAUCAACGAGAACCAGAACUUCUUCAACGAGAACCAUAUAAAGCAGGAGAUCGACUUCGGCAACGACGAGGAGAAGUUCAUUUAUGAACAGAAUAAAGAUCAAAUUGACCAAAACGCUAUGUACGAUAGUCAAAGGCGAGUCAUCGAUCAACAGAGGAUCUUGGAACAGAUACAGCAGCAAGUGAAGCAGGAACCGGAAACUCCCAGCGGCUGCGAGGGCGCGCUGCAGCCGCAGAGCAGUCCGUACUUCCCCCCGGCGGGCGCGGGGGGCGCGGCGGGCGCGGCGGGCGCGGAGGGCUGCGCGCGGCCGGGCCCCGAGCUGCUCAUCGCCAAGCAGAACGCGCUCGCCGCGCACACGCAGCUCUGGCAAAACACAAUGAAACGGCCGUUCUUUUACAGCGAGAGUCCGCACUAUAACUCAUCUCAGCUCUUGCAUCGAUAUGAGGUGAGGAAUGAUGAUUUAAGCAGAAUUCUACAGUGAUGAGAGACAUUCCAAAGUUGAUGAUGAAAAUAAAUAAUAUAAAUGAGUAAAAUUAUUAUUUUGUAAGCGACGAUAAUCUCUCGGUGUUUUUUUUUUUAAAGUUUAUUUUUAAUUUUUAUAUACAUAUGUAUUAUGUAUAAAUUGUAAAUAAAUUUUUAUUUUAUAUCAUAUAUUGUAUUAUAUGACAUUUAAAGCGAACACGUUUUACGGUUUUAACGUUAAUUUUGGCGGCAAUUUUGACAUUGAUGUUUUUUUUUUAAUUUAAUAGCGCAUUUUAAAGUUCUCUUUUUUUUUUUAAAUAAGUUGUGUAUUUAAUGCCAUUACAUAUAUGAUAUCAUGGCAGCUUAUAAUAAUCACAUUUUUCAGUAAUGAUAAGUACAUUUUUAUUGUAAUAUUUUAGUACAAAAAUGAUUAUUAUUUUAAUUUAUUUAUAUAUCUAGUGAAAACUUUAACAUGUGCUGUUAAAUCGUGCGCACGAAUCUGCGCUCGUUUGGAGAAUGUGAAUGCUUUAUCGAAUUCGAAUAUAUUUUUUUAUGCGAUCGAGCAGCACGUGUGAAGAUUGUUGCCGUAUUAUUUUCAAGAUUUUAUUUUUAUUCAUACAUAUAUAUAUAUUUAUAUUUCAAAAAUCUGAUUGUUUUUAUUUUAUAGGAUUAUGUAUAGAUUUGUUUUAUAUUUUAUUUUAUAUAAUUUUAACAUUAUUUAUACAAUAUAGUACAGUGUAGUUACCAUUUCGAAAUCGCAUUUUAUGCGUCGUCCUCGACACAGGUCUCCGCGGUUGCGUGAAUACUCCUUGAGAUUGCUGUGUCGGUUUCGAUGAAGCUCUAUAAUCAAGUGUAAACGGUUAGGAAAGUGAUAUUUUAUCGAAUUUACGUGGCAAUUAUAAGUAAAUGGAAGUUUAGUGUAAGUCUUAAUUCUUUUUCGUCACAAUUGGAUAUAAAUGUUUUUUUUUUUUUUUGAUAAAUCUAGACUUAGAUCUUGCCAAAGUUUUUUUUAACGUUGCACAAGACAUACUCUGGAGUAGAGGGAUGUUUUUUUUUUUUAAGUUUCUUCGGAAUCUGGGAUUUUAGAGAACUGUCAAAAUGUUUGGAGAAAUAUUUUUUUUGUUUUGAUCGGAAUUUGUACAAAGUUGACAAGUAAAUGUAGAAUAACCGCCUCGUUUGUAAAGAUAUGAUUUGGAUUUAUUUUUAAACUAAGGGUUUCGGCGGUUGCGUGUUCGGUAAUAUUUCGGAUGUUUCGAAUGCAUUUUAAUUGUUGAUUUUGUUUACGUAUUGUAUAAUUUCUAUAUUGGAACGAUCUGUAAGGGUACGUCCACACAGCGGUCCGUUUUAUCUGAUACGUUUUUAUUCGUCACGAGUUACACGAGAGUAUUCCAGAUCACGUAAUAAAUACCGAUCAGAUAAAUAAACAUUCGCGUUACAGGUCUCUCAGACAGGUAUAAGAAUGUCUAGAAAUACAGCGGUCCGUGUGAAUGUGCCCUAAUGCCAGGUGCAGAUUGUGUUGUCAGCAUUCCCUUCGACAGUAUCUAGACGUGUGACGGACGACGUCUACUGUUUUAAAUUAUUUAUAGUACUUCAGAAUAAAUAUUGUACAUCGGCAAACAUCGGAAACGACGGUGUUGUACUUUACGAAAUCAACUGUCAAAGUACACUUGAAGUGGAAAGUGUCUUGCGUUUCUGUUGCCGACCGGUGCGAGCGAGACAGCAAAUGAAUAAGACGCAUACGACUGCGUGUAGCCUCGUCGUGUCUUAUGCGACUUCGAUGCAUAAUACUAAUUCUCAAGUACUGUACGACUGUAUUAUAUAUAUUUUGAAAUCAAUUUCGUAAAUCGGCGUCGUGAUAUACUAACAUUUAUAUUAUAUAUGUUAUUUAGUUUGUUUCGUCGUCUCGUUCGUGCGCGAAAAGAUAAUCUUUUUGUAUGUAAUGUUAAGGAUAUAGUUUUUCUUUUUGGUGCUCUUUUAAAUAUUCUUAUUUCCGAAAUGUUCUUGCAUUUUCAUAGGACCAUAUGAGUACAAUAUUUUUUUUUUUUUAAAUAAUAAUUCGUAUUCGUGACGCACACGUAGAGGAAACGCUAGUUUUUCGUCGAAAUUUUUUUUUGUUAGUGUUAAAGAAUUAUUUACUUAGUGUUUAAGAUUAGAUCGCGGGGAGGAGGGGGGGGGGGAGCGCGCGCAAUUUUUUGUUUUUUCGGAUUUUUGAUAUCAAAAUUGUGAUGUAUAAAUCGGAUAUUUAUAUGAGAGUAAUUAUAAAAAAGAUUAUAUUUUUUAUCUGUGCGCUCUUUUAGACCAAAGCUGUGAAUUAAUGUAAAGAACGUUAAGAGUGAUUCGAUUGUAUAGUUUUACUUGAGUAAAGGAAUUGUUCACUCACGAGACGAAUUUAUGAUAAAUACUUGGAUAAGGUGUUCCUGGGCAGCCUGCCUUUCUUUUAAGCUGGCACUUAGAUUCGUCAAAUAUUGUCUUUAUAACUUGAUGAUAUUAUAAUGAACGAAAUAUAACUCGCGUGUGUACGGUCAGCACAAAAAAAUAUUAUUGAUGUGUGCGCACACACCGACAAGUGUUUCAAUGUGAUUUUGCGUUAUGCGCUAUAUUUAUGAAAUAAAGGAAUAUUAUAUGAUCAAAUGGGUCCAUACACAUUGUCGUGUCCACUCAAUGUAUUUAUGCUAAGCGGAGUGUCGCCAUAAAUAACAAAAUUUGUUUUCAUUAAUUUCAAUUUUUAGCUAAAAGAAAUAUUAUUUACACUUUGAAUAAUAAAAGCCUCGUUUUAUAAGAAACGCCGUUGCCGGAGAACAUCUAUUUAUAAUAAUAUAUUUUCUUUUUUUUUCUUAAAUUGAAAGUAAAACUAUAUCGUCGGAUGUGCAUUAUAGUUUUUUUGUGAACGUCCCAAAAAUUUUUGUUUUAAUUUUAUGUUAUAUUUUGUCGUGAACGUUUUCAAGGGUACUUAACUAUCUUGUACUGUGAAGCCGAUAUCUGUGUCUACAUUUUUGGAAUUUUCACAAAGAAAGGUAAAUACAACAAAUCUUUAGUGUUUAAGGAAGAGAUGUUAAUUGCUAGAAACAACAUUUUGUUUAUAUAUUUUUUACAGCAGUGGCCAUUUCAAAUAAAAUAAGUGGAAAAUCA